AUGUACGAUCGUGCUGAAAGAAGCAUAAAUUUAACACCGAGGGAAGAUUUGGGCCCUCAUUUAGGGCCUACAAGUUAUAACGUAAAAUUUGAAUUUAAAAAAUGCACAGCUGGAGGUUAUGCACCUUUUGGUUCUCUAGGACAAAGGAACACAAUAUUCACUUUAAAAAGAGACGAAAUCCCAUCUCCAUCAGCUUACAGUCCUAAAUCAUCUUGUAUACAUAUAAAGAUUACAAUUCGUUAUGUGGAGCGCACAUUUCCUUCCAUAGUAGCAACAUUAGAUGCACAUGGUUAUGUGGCGGGGCCAGAUGGACAGCUGAGACCCCAAAGCGGGCAAAUCCGAUUCUGCCGCAAUGAAAUGAAUUCAUCGAAUCUUCAAUCUUGUCAACGUUAUCGAGGAUGCAAAUGGAGUUCCAGGACGGAUUACAGGAAAACCUUUUGUCCAUUAAACGACUAUCCUGGACCAGGCACUUAUUUUACUUCCAUGAACGAUGAAUGGAUUCGUCUCAUAACUCGUGGUCUUCAGCAAAAUCUAACAAACUCAAAACACGUUCUUAAUGUCCCACGGUUCAUUGAAAAACAUGUUCGUGAUGCAAAACAUGAAGUGAGCUUCAAAAAGGACUUAGGUGACACUUUAAUUGGAAUCACUAAACAUCUAUGCAAGUGUGGACUGGUUUUAUGA